AUGUUACACAUCACAAGUAGUUCGUCGCCCGUCGGCUCCGCAAUCUUCUCAUGUCUUGCGCUACUAGUCAUCUCUCUCGUCGUCCUCCUCAUCUUACGAUACUAUCUCCCCCUCCGAACGACUCCGGCUUUUUAUCUCCUCCCCAUCUUCUUCGCCCUUUGGCUGCCCUCGAUAGUCGUCAUCCUCGUACCGAUUGAUCUUGCCUCGAGUGCGACCACUGGAGAUGAGGCAACAAGAGGAAUAUGGCUCCCUGAGCGAGUCCUUCUGGUAUCAUGGCGCAUCACUUACUGGCUGACCUUUGCAUUGACUUGGUUCAUCCUCCCCAUCCUCGCCGAAUAUGCUGAUGCAGGAUAUCGAGAACCAUACGAUAAAUUCAUGUACUCGGUUCGCAGCAAUGCGAUGUUUCACGCCAUUGUCCUGAGCCUCGGAUCGGUCGGUCUUAUCUACGUCUUCGUCUACUAUGGAUUCAACUUCACUUCCGUCAAGGCGCUUGUCAUGGCUCUUGCAUACUGUUGGGGAUUGAUCCUCGCCAUCUAUCUGAUGGGUCACGGGUUGGUGUCGAUUCCGCGCCGCCUCAUGCGUGGCGCAAGCAUAAGCGGACGAUUGCGACGCCUUCAGAGCAAAGCCCCCAAAGUCUAUGAGCAGAUGGAGGACUCGAUCGCGAAUCUCGAAGAUAUCGAAGUGCAGGUUGUUGAGCUUGGGCGGCGCAAGACAGGCAGCGCCUUGGCCUUCCGCGACUGGAUCGAAGAACUGCAAGAGAUGGCCAACAUUCCCGAAUCUCAACCCCGACCAUCGCGAUUCGGCACUGGCACCGAUAGCGCCAUCAUCCCGCAUGUCAUCACCGAAAAAUAUCUCGCCGAUCUCACCAGAAAGUAUGUGCGCGCGAGGCAUACUCGAUCCCGAUACGUCAACGCCUGGAGCGAGCUCGUUCAGGAAGCGGCCGAGACACAGAAUAUUUUGGACUCUGCAGGAUCCAAGAAGCUUGAACUCGGCGAUGUUUCACCUCAUGCCGGGUUCUGGGAAAAGAUGGUGAUACUGACUCCAUAUACCCGGUACCUGUACUACUACCAUCUGCUGCCAUACGGGCAGGUUCUUCUUGGCUUGUUCCUGGCGGCAGCAUCGGCCUGUAUCGUUUGGUCCGAGUUUGUCAAGAUCGCGUUCCCCAAGUUGUCAGUCAUCAGACUAACCGUCGUGCACCACUGGGUUGGCGACAAGGCCGAGGUUGGGUUCGCUGGUCAAGUCAUCUCAUCGCUUUGGAUCUGCUACAUGUGCGCAGCUGCUCUCAUCUCGAUGACCGAGGUCAAGGUCUGGCGCGGCCGGGCUCUCGUCCGUCGCAACACGGCUCAUGAAUCGGCCUUUUGGUACGCCAUGCAGGUGGCCAAGCUCACUAUCCCCAUCUCGUACAACUUCGUGACCUUCUUAUCCAAGGACGUCUACAACAAGACCACCUUCUACAAGUUCCUGGGUGUACUGGUCGACUUUACACCACUGGGUCGCUAUUUCGAUGAUCUCUUCCCUGUUCUGGUAUUGUUCCCUGUCUUUGCCACCCUGUUUGGUAUCUAUGGCAGAGUCAAGAGGAUCUUUGUGGGAAUGGACGUGAUGGAUGAUGAAGAGGACAACGCUGCUGGUUAUGGCACCGGCUCCUGGCGCGAAGGCCGAGAUCUCAUUUCUCGGGAACUGGGAGGAAACACUCUCUUCCACCGCCGAGAGGAUGCCCUCGCCAGAAUAGCGGCAACAGGUACCUCGGGAGGCAGAUCCGCUCCAGUGCUGUCUAUUCCCUCUGCUCACGGCGCCGCCUCCUCACCUGCUCGAUCGCCCGCUCGACCGGCCACCACGACUCGGGUACGGACAUCAGCCUUUGGCCCUCACUGGAAUGACGAACCACCAGAGGACGACAAUAUCUUCCAGAUUCUGGGUCACCGCAUGAAGAACACGUUCGACACCAUCGAGGGGCCCAAGUGGUUCCAUGAUAUGAAGAAGCCCAAGUGGAUGGGAGGUGACGAUGAUGACGCCGGUGCUGAUUCUUCUUCUGGGUCCGGGCCAGACUUUCGCAGAUGGUUUGGAGGUGGCUCGAGUGAAGGCCAGAUCCGCAUCUAA